CUCGCGCGCUCCGGGAGGCGCCCGCAGCGGCAGCAGCGGCGGCAGCCAAGGUGACUUCAGCUCCGGCUUGAGUCGCGCGUGGAGCCUCCGGGGCCCGGGCCGUUGCGGGAGGCCGCGGCCGGGGUAAGCGAGUGCAGGACCCGCAGCUCCCUUAGGCGCCAGGGGCAGGCUGGCGGCGGGUGGACCGCGCGCCGGCGCCAUGCCACGUUCUUUCUUGGUGGACUCCCUGGUGCUGCGGGAGGCCGGCGACAAGAAGGCGCCGGAGGGCAGCCCGCCACCGCUCUUCCCUUACGCGGUCCCCCCGCCGCACGCGCUGCAUGGCCUCUCGCCCGGCGCCUGCCACGCGCGCAAGGCCGGCUUGCUGUGCGUGUGUCCCCUCUGCGUCACCGCCUCGCAGCUGCACGGGCCCCCCGGGCCGCCGGCGCUGCCGCUGCUCAAGGCGUCCUUCCCUCCCUUCGGAUCGCAGUACUGCCACGCGCCCCUGGGCCGCCAGCACUCGGCCGUGUCUCCUGGAGUCGCCCACGGCCCGGCUGCGGCCGCAGCAGCUGCCGCGCUCUACCAGACCUCCUAUCCGCUGCCGGACCCCAGGCAGUUCCACUGCAUCUCCGUGGACAGCGGCUCGAACCAGCUGCCCAGCAGCAAGAGGAUGCGGACGGCGUUCACCAGCACGCAGCUCCUAGAGCUGGAGCGGGAGUUCGCCUCCAACAUGUACCUGUCCCGCCUGCGGCGCAUCGAGAUCGCGACCUAUCUGAAUCUGUCCGAGAAGCAGGUGAAGAUCUGGUUUCAGAACCGCCGAGUGAAGCAUAAGAAAGAGGGCAAAGGCAACAGCCACCGCGGCGGCGGCGGGGCAGGGGCGGGGGCCGGCGGGGGCGCAGCGCCAGGCUGCAAGUGUUCCUCGCUCUCCUCGGCCAAGUGCUCUGAGGAUGACGACGAAUUGCCCAUGUCUCCAUCCUCCUCCGGGAAGGAUGACAGAGAUCUCACAGUCACUCCGUAGGUGCGCCCUUCAGAGGACCACUUGCUCCCCAGCCCUUCCCGCACCUCAAAGACUGGUUCCCCAGGCACCCGCCGCCAAUCGAUGGAUUUGGGUAGGGCUUCGCCGUUGUACAGAGACAGAGCUAAGACUUUAGCAGAGACUUGAAGACAGUGCCCCUGGCCCUUAGGCUCCAAAGGUGUCUAGGAGGACUCCAAGCGCUGAACGCAAGUUCUCCGGGUCCUCUUCCCAGGACACAUCCUUCCCCGAGGCGUGCAGGCCCGAGCCCAGCGCCUUGCUGGCCGACGGCGCCUCCUCACCCACCCAUUCUGGGAUGGUCCAGGCUUUCUCGCUGCCUCUACCCUCUCCUCCUCGGUCAAGCUGGGCCUUUCACUCCGCGAAUGGCUGUUUGCUUCCCUUUUAACAUUUUUU